AUGUGGGAGAUAGCAAAGCUGUGGAUGAAAGGAUGCAAGGUUAUCAUCCUGGACAUCCCGCUGCUGUUUGAGAUCAAGAUGGAUCGGUGGACAAAUCCAGUAAUUGUGGUUUGGGUUAACCCAGAAACCCAGAUUCAGAGGCUGAUGUCAAGAGACGGGUGCUCUGAAGAACAAGCGCAGAGCAGGGUCAACGCACAACUUGCGUUGGACUGGAAGAAGUCGGAAGCCGACGUAGUGAUCGACAGCUCUGGAUCACUGGAUAACACCAGACAGCAGUCCCGUGAAGUGUUGAGGAAAGUCUCUGAGCCCUUAACAUAG